AUGGUUGGAUUUAUGAAAUCGGUUCUCACCGUCACCGCCGUCUUCGGCUUCUUCGCUGGUGGCCUCGCCGCCCCAGCCCCAGCCCCAGAAAUCGACUACCUUUCUCUCAUCAAGCCAGGACCCGGGUUUCCAACUCCUCAACAGUUGAACCUUACCAAUGCUGAUUUGGCCAAGCCAGCCCCAGCCCUUGCGAAAUUGAUGGUCCGUGAGACUCUCGAAAAGCGUUAUAAUCCACAAUGUUGGGGUGAACCCAGAUGCAACUAUAACGAUGCUGUUGGCUGCUAUAACUACCUAAACAGUCUCGGAAGCACCACUUGCGCCGCUAGCGGUGUCGUUCGUAUGUGCUCUGUCAACGGCUGCAACUGGUAUGCUAGGUCUCUUAACGGCUAUUCUGCUUCUCCUUGUUACAAGGCUGCUGCUGGUGGCGCUUGGGUCCUUAACAACUGCAACGUUGGCGGUCGUCUCUCUGGAUCCAAUGCUGCCUACGAUAAUGGCAACCUUGCCGUUGAUAUCUUGGCUGGCUAA